AUGGCCUCCACAACCAACAUCCACGUGACAGCUCUGGACGGCGUGGUGAACAUGAAUUCCUCUUCACCUUCGCCAUCUUCGUCGGCCUCUCCUCCACCACCCCGGCGCCCAGAGCAGCCUAGAGGGCCCCACUGCGACGCCGCCCCGCCUUUGCCAAGCGCCUCUUUGUUUUCGAGGUCCUCUCCUUCAGCUGCUUCCUAA